CACUCCGACAUGACAUAGGGCCAGAUGGCGGCAGGUAGUGUGCUUUACAACCUAUAAAUUAGGAUUGUCGGUAUGCAGUAGAUUAUGUGCAGAGCUUACACACUCAUUCCUGAAGCUUGUGUAUCUAUCCUUAAGGUCAAAUUGAGAAUAUGACCUCUGUAGAUUCGGAAAAGUCACCUGUGGCUUUAGAGACUGACACAAACUUAGAGCCAAAUGACUUCACCAAUGCAUCGCCAGAGACCGUGACCAGCGAUCGAGGGCUCAAGAAUGACCCACAAGAUCCAUACAACUGGCCGACGCGCCGCAAGGUUGGUAUCGCCGUGAUUCUGUCUUUUGGUCAGCUCGUAGGAAUCAUGACUGCCAGUAUAAUGGCUGCAGCACUGGACCAGAUCUCGGCCGAUCUCCACAUGUCAGACUCUCUUAUGCAGAUGGCCUUCUCGGUGUAUGCCCUUGGUCUAGGAUUUGGUCCUUUCAUCAUUGCGCCCAUGUCCGAGGUAUAUGGACGCAAACCUGUCUGGAUUGUCUGUAACUCUUGGUAUAUCUUAUGGAACUCGGUCUGUCCUCUAGGCAACUCAACGUUGAUGAUAGUUGCAAGACUACUGGCUGGCUUUGGAGCGGCGAGCGGAGUCACCUUGACUGGACCGGUCCUUGCGGACAUGUUCCAUGCCAAAGAUCGUGGCAAAUCUCUGGCCGUCGCGGGCUUCAUCCCAUACUUCGGGCCAGCCCUUGGCCCAAUCCUCGGUGGUCUAGUGGCCCAGCAUCUGUAUUGGGGUUGGUUCUUCUGGAUCAUGUCCAUAUUUGACGCAGGCGUGAUAAUCCUUGGCCUAUUCGUCCUUAGGGAAACCUGUGCGCCGGUUUUGCGACGUCAGAAGCAGAAACGUGCCGCGCAAGAAGGCCAACAUACGACCUUAUCAACAAGGCCAUUCAGCAAAGCCUAUUUCAACAAAAUACUUGGUCCCAUUCAGGUUGCUUUGAUGCGACCUAUCCGCCUGUUGUUGUUCCGUCCCUUGACUUUCUACAUCUCCUUCAAUUUCGGCAUCGAUUUCGCCAUGUACUUUCUGGUGCUCUCAACUUUUGCCACGAUCUAUAUUGACCAAUACAACGAGUCAGAAAGCUCGAGCAGCUUGCAUUACAUAGCCAUCGCGCUAGGUAGUGUCCUUGCAACCCAAGCCGGGGGGCCGUUGAUGGACCUUCUCUACCGUUAUCAGAAAGCCCGGUCACCUGGUGGCAAUGAGGAGAAACCAGAAUAUAGGGUGCCAUUGAUGGCGAUGGGCGCCGGAAUUUUCCCGGUCGGACUCUUAUGGCAAGGAUGGGCAGCGCAGACACGAGCGCAUUGGGCUGUAGUGGACGCUGGGGCAAUGGUAUUGACAUUCGCCAGCUUCAUAUAUUCCCAGUCGUUCUACGCGUACUUGUUGGACGAAUUCACUCAUACGGCAUCGGCAAACGCAGCUGUGAGGAUGUUUUCGUACUUCCUUGCGUUUGUCUUUCCCCUUUUUGCUACGCAGCUUUAUGACCGCCUUGGUUAUGGCUGGGGAAACACUUUGCUCGCCUUGGUAUUUGUGGUUUUGGGCUUUCCGUCAGUUGCAGGACUGUGGUUUUUCGGACCAAAGAUCAGGGGGUUGGGGAAAACAGAGGAAGCUGCGGUAGACAUUGACUAG